UGGAAACUACUUGCCAAAGUCGCACUGCAUAAUCCUUAGAGAAUAAUAAAACGAAGCCCAUUCGGUCCGUUGCCUCUGCUUACUAGACAUCCAUUUUCCCAUCCUUCUUAUUCUUCAUCUGUAAGUUAGAACAACCUCCACCAUGUACUUUUUACCAGUGAUUGCGGCAAUCACAUUUUACGCUCUGGUAGUUCGGGCCUUACGAUAUCGCCGUCGUGAUGGCUUCCAGCGGAGAUUUCCCCAGUACAAAACACGAGAAGAAAUGGCUUCAAUGCCAUUAUCAGACGCAGCCUCUAUAUUGCGUGAGCUAUCGGAAAGGGAAUUUCCCACAACAUUCCACACAUCCGCGUCUUUCGCACUCUUCAAGACAUAUGGAAUCCCAACGAUCUCCAAACUUUUAGUAGCUACCAGCCAGCUUUCAGGAAAUCGCACAGUAUCGAAACGACGGAUAGAUACCGUAGUUUUAAUGUCGGAGAUUAUCUACAACACACCAGACUCCCGUCGCAACAUAGAUGCCAUCUCUCGCAUUAACUUCCUUCAUAGUCGCUGGCGAGAGGCUGGGAAGAUAUCCAACGAUGACAUGCUCUACACUCUCAGCCUCUUCCUCCUCGAACCUAUGCGCUGGACCGCACUAUACGAAUGGAGGGACCUAACCAUGUUUGAGAAGAAUGCCUUGGCUAUCUUUUGGAAAGAUCUGGGCAACGAGAUGGGCAUCUCUUAUGAGUGCUUGGCUCCCCACAUGAGCCAAAAGGAUGAUGCCUUGGCCUGGCUGGAGGCGCUCCAGAAGUGGUGCUUGAAGUACCAGGAGCACCACAUGGUCCACGCUAUCUCGAACGAAAAGCUGGCACAUGCGAAUAUUACUCUACUCUUAAUAGACUUCCCUAAGUUCACGCACAACUUCGUAUUCAGGCAGUUACGUUGCCUGAUGGAACCUGUACUCCGACAAGCCAUGGGAUACGAAAAUCCAAGCAGGUUGGAUUUCUUCAUCUUUGAAAACCUAGUCGCUUUCAGACGUAACGUUCUCAAGUACUUCUGUUUACCACGACCAAAAUGGUGGACCAAACCCAUGAUCCAAGACGUGGACAAAAAGACAGGCCGAAUGUACUUGCCAAACUACCUCGCGCACCCCUACUACGUCAAGCCGGGCUUCUGGUGGCGAUGGAGUCCUUCUGCUCUCUACACUAGACUAAUUGGUGGACACUUACCUGGAGAUGAGGGGUCUAAGUACCAUCCGGACGGAUACACCAUUCCAGAAGUUGGCCCUGACGCCCAGAGAUGCAACGGCAAAGAGUACAUGGAGCGCACGAGAGAGAGAAUUAGUCAAGCUAGGGGUUGCCCCAUGGCAUUUCAGGCUUGACUUCGAGAAGGAAGCUUGUGUUGCAGUGCGGUGUCAAGCGCCAUGUGGACCUUGCGACGAGCUCUCUGUUGCUCCGAUUAAACUCUCCCCGGUUUGAUAUCAUCCAAGCAAUAUUUUGUGAGAAUUUCGGAAUCGCAAUGACCAACUUCGAGAUUGCACACAAGUAGUAGUCUGCUAGUAUCAUUAUAAGCUUAUGAAUGAUAAUGGAGUUUGGAAUUGGAUCACAUUAUGAC